AUGCAGGUCGAGCUGUUCAACCUCUUCCGCGAAGACAUCCGAGACUUGGUAGAGAUGACCACCAGCAAGAUGAACCUGUAUCACCUUGUAGGUGCAUUAUUCAUAAAGAUGAUCUGCAUUUAUUUCUGCGAGGGCUUCUUUGAGGAAGGGCUUCCUCCCUUCCUUCUCUGCUAUUACUAUGUGUCGCAGGGAAGCUCCGUUGUUUAUCUCAUCAUGGCCGUGUGGCUGUCCAUGCAUGCGUCCGUGACUUCACACAGUUAUGCUACGCGCGUCCUGACGCGAUUUAUCCGGUUGCCCAUCCCCGGGAGCUCGCAGCUGAAUGCUCCUCAUCAGGCAACGAGCAAAUGCCUUCGUUAG